AUGCGAUUGUUCGAGAAAUUUCACUGGAAAAAGAUCACCAUACUUCAGUCCGUUGAAGAAGUCUUCACAUCAACAGCCAAAGAUCUCGAGGAACUAGGACGUCGUAAAGGCAUUCGUGUUGAACGCCAAAGUUUUUAUGGUGAUCCAACAGACGCCAUGAAGACGUUACGCCGUCAGGAUGCUCGAGUUAUCGUUGGUUUGUUCUACGUGACGGAAGCGAGGAAAGUCCUGUGUCAGGCAUAUCAUCAUAAGCUGUAUGGUCGCAAGUACACAUGGUUUUUCAUUGGAUGGUAUGCUGACACGUGGUACAUUCCACCACCAGAGGAACAUCUCAACUGUACUGCUGAGCAGAUGGUAGAAGCGGCCCAAUAUCACUUCACGACAGAGAGUGUGAUGUUGUCACGUGACGAGAACGCUACAAUAUCUGGAAUGACUGGACGAGAAUUCCAAGCACGUCUUACGGCUAUGUUGUCACCAGAUUCCGAUCCAGCAAAUACUGGUGGCUUUCCGGAAGCUCCACUCGCCUACGAUGCUGUUUGGGCCUUGGCGCUAGCGUUCAAUUGCACUCGAAAUCGGCUGCCACCAGGUGUUCGAUUGGAGCAGUUCAGCUACGAUAACCAGAUAAUGGCUGACAUUCUCUUCGAAUGUGUCAAGAACACGCUGUUCAAAGGGGUUUCGGGGCGUGUGAUGUUUUCCGAUUCUGGUGAUCGAAUAGCUCGCACUCAAAUCGAACAAAUGCAAAAUGGUAAAUAUGUUGUAAUGGGUUUCUAUGAUACGACGUCGCAAGAACUGGAAUGGUAUAACAAGGAACAAUGGUACUCGAGUAAGGGUCCACCGCCGGAUUCGACAAUAAUUCGCGAAUCGAUUCUUACUGUUGCCAGUGAGCUUUAUUACACCGUUGCUGUUUUUGCGUUCAUCGGAUUGGCACUGGCAUUAGGGGCCUUCAUUUUUAACAAUAAAUAUUCGUUUCGCGGGUAA